UUGAGGAAUUUUCAUAGCGACGAUGUCAAGAAGUUCUUCAAGUAUGGAGUCCAGCUGCCCCGGCUGGCUCGCAGGGAGCAGGUGUCUCUCGUUGUUGAUCUGGAUGACGUGGGGGAGGAGGACCCUGAGCUCGUGGACUCCAUCGUUGAGAACACGCGCCGCUACACACCGCUCUUCGCAGACGCACUGCAGGAGCUGCUGCCUGAGCACCGGGGGGGCGAGACUGUCUCGAGGGACGCCCUGGACGUUUACAUCGAGCAUCGCCUCCUGAUGGAGCAGAGGGGGGGUCGUGAGCAGAGCGAGAGGGACCCCCGGAACCAGUACCCCCCCGAGCUCAUGAGGAGAUUCGAGGUGUACUUCAAGCCCCCCAGCUCCUCGAAGCCCCGGGUGGUCCGCGAUGUGAAGGCCGAGUGCAUCGGCAAGCUGGUGACGGUCCGGGGCAUCGUGACCCGCGCCACCGAGGUCAAGCCCAUGAUGGUCGUGGCGACGUACACCUGCGACCAGUGCGGAGCCGAGACGUACCAACCGAUCCAGUCUCCCACCUUCAUGCCCCUCAUCAUGUGCCCCAGUCAGGAGUGCGUCACCAACAAGUCCGGCGGCCGUCUCUACAUCCAGACCCGCGGCUCCAAAUUCAUCAAGUUCCAGGAGGUCAAGAUCCAGGAGCACAGUGAUCAGGUGCCGGUGGGUAACAUCCCGCGCAGCAUGUCAGUGUUCGUGCGCGGUGAGAACACGCGCCUCGCUCAGCCCGGAGAUCACGUGGCCAUUUCGGGGAUCUUCCUGCCGCUGCUGACUGACGGGGUUCAGGCAGGCCACGCAGGUGAGGGGGUGGCGGGGUUCAGGCAGGCCACGCAGGGUCUGCUGUCAGAGACGUACCUGGAGGCUCACAGGAUCAUCAUGAUGAACAAGAGUGAGGAUGACGAGCUGGGGAACGAGGAGCUGAGCGAGGAAGAACUGCGACAAAUCACAGAGGAGGAUUUCUACGAGAAGCUGGCCUCCUCCAUCGCCCCGGAGAUCUACGGCCACGAGGACGUCAAGAAAGCCCUGCUGCUGCUGCUGGUGGGGGGCGUGGACCAGACCCCCAAGGGCAUGAAGAUACGAGGGAACAUCAAUGUGUGUCUGAUGGGGGACCCCGGUGUGGCUAAGUCCCAGCUGCUGUCCUACAUCGACCGGCUGGCUCCCAGGAGUCAGUACACGACGGGACGCGGCUCAUCGGGGGUGGGGCUGACCGCGGCGGUGAUGCGGGACCCCCUCACGGGGGAGAUGACCCUGGAGGGGGGGGCGCUGGUUCUGGCAGAUCAGGGGGUCUGCUGCAUAGACGAGUUCGACAAGAUGAUGGAUUCGGACCGGACCGCCAUCCAUGAGGUGAUGGAGCAGCAGACCAUCUCCAUAGCCAAGGCCGGCAUCAUGACCUCCCUGAACGCUCGCUGCUCCAUCCUGGCCGCGGCGAAUCCCGCGUACGGGCGCUACAACCCGCGCAAGAGCGUGGAGCAGAACAUCCAGCUGCCCGCUGCCCUGCUGUCCCGCUUCGACCUGCUGUGGCUCAUCCAGGACCGUCCCGACCGCGACAGCGACCUGAGGCUCGCCCAGCACAUCACAUACGUGCACCAGCACAACCACCAGCCCCCGUCCCGCCACCGCGCCCUGGACAUGAAGCUCAUGAGGCGCUACGUGGCUCUCUGUAAGCGUCACCAGCCCGCUAUCCCAGAAUCCCUGUCUGAUUACAUCACGGCAGCGUACGUGGAGAUGAGGAAGGAGGCGCGCGUGAACAAGGACACCACCUUCACCUCUGCCAGGACCCUGCUGUCCAUCCUGAGACUGUCCACCGCGCUGGCUCGCCUGCGAUUGGUGGACACGGUUGAGAAGGAGGAUGUGAAUGAAGCUAUGCGACUGAUGGAGAUGUCCAAGGACUCUCUGCAGGCUGACAAAGCGCAGACCAGCAGGGCACAGCGGCCAGCGGAUGUGAUCUUCUCCACGCUGCGGGAGAUGGCUCCGGGGGGUGGCGCGGGGGGGCGCAGUGUGAAGCUGGCGGAGGCGGAGCAGCGCUGCGUGUCGAAGGGCUUCACUCCCGCGCAGAUCCACGACGCCAUCCAGGAGUACGAGGAGCUCAACGUGUGGCAGGUCAACCAGGCUCGCACCCGCAUCACCUUCGUGUAGACCACACCGCAGCCCGGUCCUCUUCUCUCUCCACUGUACACACGAGACAGCCUGGCGUUUUGGAUUUGUGUCUGGGAUGACUGGACUCUGUUCUGCGUUUUGUACAGACCAAACCCAAGCUUGCUUUAUUCUUUUAUAUGUGUUCUAUUAGGGUAAAUAGGCAGGGAUGGUAAUCAGACUCCUGUUGCACAGCAGUGUCGCCCAGUCCAGGUUUUACUACCAGCUUGAUCAGCCCCCAGUGUGUUCAGGUAACAAGCUCAGGUGUGUCUGAUUUAUUAAACUCCACAGUGAAACCAGGAAUGGAUUGAAAUGUGCAACGGGAGUCUCAUUUCCAGCCCGGUUUGGUCUGGCUUGGUUCUGCAUUGUUCAGCCCAAACCAGGCUUGAUUUCACACUUGUGUAAAAACCGGACCGAGAUGGGCUGGGGCUGGAUUAUAGCAUUGUAUAGACCGGACAGAACCGGACUUGUUUCAGUAUUGUACAGACUGGGCAAUGUUCAUAGAGACCCAUAGUGUUCAUAGUGUCUGGAUCAUCUGUGUUUCUGCAGAGCGCUCCACAUGCACAUUUAUACGUGGACUGAAUCUCCUCCUCGUACACAUUAAUACUGGGACUGCAGCCAGUCCUGGUGAUGAACACACACGCACCCCUCGGAGAAGCAGCAGCUCUCUCUCGUGUGCGUGCGUGCGUGUGUGUGUGCGUGCGUGUGUUCUCGUGUGGAUCCACAUUUCAAUCUUGUGGCUCGCUUCUCGUUUUCAGGUUUCUUGGCAGCCUCACCUGGUUUUCAACCUUCUGUUUGCUGCAGUUUUCUGAUGUUGCUCAACUUCUCUCUCUGCUUUUAAAUUGUCAAUAAAAAAAAAAUUAAAGACCAAA